AAGUGUGUGAUUACUAUGUUAUGGGCUCUUAGCUAUAACGCUGAAGUUGUCAUUAAACAUGCCCAGCUGAGAAGUCAAUGUGUAUUACUUGGAACGUUACAUUAUUGAAGUCAUAUCUCUGGAGGAUUCCUGUGAAGAUCUGAUAUCAGGUUUAGUGUGGUUUGUGACGUACCAGUCAGUAAUUAAAAGGAUAAAAAUGACUGAAAAACCACCGAUUGAUGUGGAUACACUCAAGGGUAACAACAGCUUCAUAUUGGCAUCCAAUGCCAAAUUUGCCGAAGAAGGAAAAGAAACUUAUGACCCAUGGAAACACAGGAACAUUCUUCAUCCUUUGGGUACGAUGGGAGCCCUGUUCCACAUGAUCAAGGGUAGUCUAGGGUCUGGUAUCCUCGCCAUGCCGGUGGCCUUCAAGAACGGUGGACUCUGGACCAGCCUGGUGGGAGCCAUCUUUGUUGGCUUAGUAUAUACUCACUGUGUCUCAAUUCUGGUCCACUGUGCCCAAGUGUUGGCCAUGAGGUUGAAGCAGCCUCAUCUCGGAUUUGCAGGGAUUGCUGAGGCAGCCUUUCACACAGGUCCUUCCAAGUGUCAACCCUAUACUGCCUUGGCGAAGUCGUGUGUUGAUGGAGGCUUAUUCCUUGGUUACUACUCUUGCUGCAUUGUUUAUAUUGUCUUCACAGCUUCUUCCAUCAAACAGGUGGUGGAGUACAAUUUCGACCUAAUGAUGGACGUUCGUCUAUACAUCUUCCUGGUGACUCUGGUAGUGAUUCCUAUUGGAUGUAUCCGCAACCUCAAGUACCUCGUGCCAUUCUCGUUCCUAGCCAUCUGUGCUCUGACCUUCAGCUGUGGUUUUGUUCUCUACGAGAUAUUCAAAGCUUUGCCUCCUCUGUCGUCCAGACCAGCAUUCAAAGGUUACUCGAGCCUGCCCCUCUUCUUUUCCACCAUGGUUUACGCAGUUGAUGGUAUUGGAACGGUGUUUCCAAUUGAAAACUCCAUGAGGAAGCCACAGACCUUCCUGGGUAGUUUUGGAGUUCUGAACAUCUCCAUGAUCUGGAUAGUGGCCAUGUACUGUGUCAUGGGGUUCUUCGGAUAUUUGAGAUACGGAGAGGACACUGAGGGCAGCAUCACACUUAACAUCUCCUCCUCAGUUAUGGGACAGGUGGUGAAGACCAUGGUGAUCUUGAACGUCCUCUGUUCUUACGGACUGUUCCUGUUUGUACCUGUUGAAAUUGCAUGGCGCAAACUUGAGCCAAAAGUGGAAAAAUCACGGAAGACACUUUACUAUUAUUUCAUGAGAAUUGUGCUGAUACUAGGAUCUGUGGUUCUUGCUGCGGUGGUGCCGGACCUGGAGCCGUUUGUUGGUCUUGUGGGCGCGAUCUGCUCGUCCACACUCAUCCUAUUUUUCCCACCUAUCAUCGAGAUGGUCACCUUCUGGGAGGACCAGGCAUACAUGGGUCGGUUCCGCUGGAGGAUCUUCAAGAACCUGCUGAUCAUUGCCAUGUGGCUUUGCACACUCAUUACGGGCACCCACGUCAGCUUCCUGCAAAUAAUGGACCUGUACAAAUAGUGUGACCUCUACAAUUAGUGUGUCUAUGUUUUUAACAUCUAAUGUGUAUACCAUAUUAUUGAGAAAACCAUGACUGACAAUUGUAAGCAUAUAAUUUAUAACAAAAUACUCUGCAAUGAUGUGAUCAGGCAAUUUAGCCUGCAUCUACAGUACUUCUUAAAACACUAGUCUUCUUUAUAGUUUGUAUAAUAUCUAUGUUAAACUGACCUUUUAACAGCUUACUGUUGUCAAACAUCUCUUAAAUAUGAAUAUUAUGAUUAGUUUGUCAGUGGUUAAUGACUGUAGUAUAUUUUAUAGACAUAGUUAUAAAAAUAAUAUUAUUCCUCCAUCAAUUUCUAGCAUAUGGAAGACUCAUACACAUGCUGGAAAGAAACAAUGACACCAAAAUCAAACUACUGGUAAAUAAAUUCCAGUGAUAUUAAAAAGUGAAAUUACAAUUUUUGCAAUGCUCGAAGAUUCUUCAUUCGUUGUACUUAGUAAUGGUAUUUUUGUAAAUAUAUCCAUGUUUUAUAUUUUUUUUAUACGAUGAAUCUAUAUUUUAUAAAUAAAAGUUUUAUUAACACUUA